UGGCUAGGCUCGAAUCUUUUGCGGCCUUGCGGCUUUGUGAGUUUUGUAUUUUACUUUGGGUAGUUUCGUUGCUGCCGGAUUAAGCAUCAAUUUGUUUGCCAUUUGUGUUGCAAAGUGAAUUUCUUCCUGCCACAAGCCAAUCGGAAACGAAUGCUUCAUCUGAUACACAACACCACAAUAAGUUAUGCGUCUGCAAGCACUUAAAAACUGUCCGUAUCUUGUACUUCCACCGGUGUGUCGUAGAGCAACUUGAAUGAACGACAGCUUUGUAUUUACUGAAGAUAUGCUUCCAUGUAUGCAUUACUGGGCUGAAGACCAGUCUCCUACAGGUCCACUGUAAACUGUCUACUCCUACGACGUCACGUUGUGGACUCCUUCAUCUUUUACGUCUCGCGUAAUUUUUGUCUAUGAAAAAUAUCUCCUACGAGCCUGAUCAUCAUCAGGUUUUAUAGUUACAGGUUUGUGGACCACGCUUCAUGACACUGGCGCACAGAUGCGAUUUAAUGCGAAAGAAAUCGCAGCCGUUGCGUCACAGCCAUCGUACAAGUUUGACAGGGAGGGUCUUCUGCUCAUUAAAGAACGACAAGAAGGACUCUUCAGAAGGAAUGAUUUGUACACGGAACGCUGGUGCAGGCUCAGAGGAAAUCUAUUUUUCUAUUUCAAAGGAAAAGACCAGUGCUCAGAUCCCUUUGGGCUGAUUGUCUUGGAGCACUGCACCGUGAAGAGUGGACCGGACCAAGGGAAUCUCUGUCCCUUCUCUUUUGUGUUCCACGACAGUGAAGAGUGGGUACUGCAAGCAGCGUGCUAUUGUGCUCAGGAGCGGGAAUCCUGGGUAGUUGCACUGCGCGAUGCCAGCUUCAGCUCUGUACGUAGUCAGGUGCAGCUUCUGCGAACACGUCUGAGCGCGCACCAGAGAGAAUCCGACCCAGGGUUGGCAAGACGCCGUUGUGCAACUCCCCGCGUCAAUGAUGCUGAAGCAUGUGCUCUGAAGAAAGACCCCACACGAUUUGAACCUCUGCUGGAACUCAGCCUUGCAUGUGACAACCUGCGUUGUGAUGCCGAUGGUCAACCUCCCAACCCAGUGAUCGUAGUGAUGGUUGGUCGGGCAUUGCAGGCCCUCUGGAGCAAGUUUGCGCAGACUGAAGUCGUACAGCGGUGUAGCAAUCCGUGUUUCUUGACAACUGUUGGGUUCCUCAAGCACCAGGUGAGCCCGAAAGUACGCAUAAAGCUCUGUGUCUACGAUGUCCGUGAGCAAGUGACGGCUACGAGAACUAUGCUGGGAGAAGCUACGUUCACACUGGGUUCCUUGUUGCAGACGAAAAGCAAUUUCCUCCGACUUACAUUAUUGUCUCCGUCCUGUGAAGGUGUUGGAUUUGUCACUGUCGCUGCUCGAGAACUGCAGCCUGAAAUUUGUGAUGUGGAUGCCACCAGGUAUCAGAUACAGGAGCACACAUGGCCAAUGGGCGAGCGACAGCGCAGUUACUCAUUACCUGUGCCUCUGUCUGCCUCCGCACCAUGCCGUGCAACAACUCCUCUUCAUGCACAGUUGCGAGUAGCCUUUGAAAAUCUCUCCUCUCAGACAUAUCGGUUCCACACGGGCUUGGGUGCAGAACUGAGAGUUCACGAAAUUAUGGCAGAAACACGCCUUUCCUUCUCCUUUCCACAGCUACUUCUUAACUUGUGGAUUAAUGAGGAAAAACAGUUGAUGGAAACAGUCACAUUGCUGGGAGAGCUAACUGAGGAAUGGCAUGCACGUCAACUGGGAGCCAUGGAACGUCACCUGCAGCGUAUCAACUGUUAUGCUGAGGCCCUUGAUGCUUUGGCCACGUACCAUGGUCCACAGUUCAAACCCUCCAAGCACAAAGGGAACAGAAAUCUUGAGUUUGUUCCCGUCAACCUCCACCUGCAGCGCCUCUGGGUGCAAAACACUACAAGUCGAAGGACGUCAGUGUACGAUGUCAUCACAGUGGGAGCUUUCACAGCAUACCCCCAUAAAUAUCAACAGGGAGGUCUACAGCGCCUCUUUAGCCAACUCAAGAACAUAAAUGCUACUACUCUGAACAAAGAACUUUCUGGCUGUGCAUUAGGACCAGAUCGUUUGUCAUCUGCGGCGCAAAGCCUGCUCACUUUAGAGCAGCUGAAAGACGACCUCGAAGGCGACGUACGGAGCCUCCUCAAGUUAGCUGAUCUGCAGGAUUCGGCCUCAAUGCUUGUCCUUCUUGACUGCAUCAACAGCAAGGCUAAACAGCUGACCAAUGCGUGCAAUCCUUCUUUGGUUGAAGAAGCCUUAACCGUCUGGGAAAGUGCUAAAAGGAGUCUAAAUCGAAGCACACCAGCUGCCCCUCAGCAGAAUACACGUCAAUAUGACGAGACGCUCGACCUCUCUCUGAGGAAUGUGCGCAGAGCGAAGUCUGCCUCUCUGCCUCGUGAGUUUGCCAUGCCAGCAUUUCCUGCAGAAUCUGCCUCUCCAAGUGAUGAAGAUGCACCCUCGGAUGAUGAAGAGUCGUCUCGAUCAGAUAGGUCAUCUACAGAUGCAGCAGGGGGAAUCAUUGAUUUUCAUCCGAUGAAGUCUCAAUUACGAAAGUCUGAAUCCACCUACUCGGCAGAUGACCCAAAGUUUUUGUGUCUUUCGGAAGAAUUUGAACCGCUGGAUCUAACCCACCUGAACAUCCGAGCAAGCAUCAUGUGCAUGGGCAGCAAAGUGCAGCAUUUAGCCACAGGGAGCAGUGCCAGCCUCUCACCUGAAGAAGAUCCUGGAACCCCCUGCACGCCAUUGGGAGAGCUCUCCCCGUGGGCAGCAGAGCUCAUGCCAAGCAUUCGCAAGCUAAGGCAAGCUGCAGGGUGCCUGCAGAGGGUUGCUCGUCUCACAUAUGCACUGCAUUCACUCAAGGAGCCACCCCAAGCAGCAGCACUGAGCUAUGCUGUCCGGUACCGACGGGAUGUCUGUUUUUCUCAUGCUCUGACAGCACUGGUGAGUGCUUUGAUGGCCAAGCUAUGGUGCCAGCAGCCUGACCCCAUAUGGGUACAUGCACUGAGUACCUGUGGUGCCCUGGCUUUGUUUGUUGGACUGCUUUCCUGCCACGGCGAUGAAAUGCACAUGCUGGAAGACAUGGUCGCUGCUAUAGAGGAUUUAAGACGUGUUCUCUUCUGGUUAGAGCCGUCCACAAAUGUUUCUAGCCCAAAACCACGUGUUGAAGGAAACAGGGUGUUCCUCUCAGUGAUGAUUCCGGCAUCUGAAGCGGUGAUGAACUUGCUUCCUCACAAGGGAGCCAGCGGGUUCCGUUUCACAGUUACACCAGUCUACCUCAACGUGGGCAUUAACGAGCAGGCGACACUGGCUGAAAAGUUUGGGGACCAAAGUUUCCAAGAGCGCAUCAACUUGGAUGGCACUGCCAUUCUCAAAGACUAUCACAGACGAUUGCAGAAAUGUCCGUAUCCAAAAGGAACUAAUGGAAGUCGGCCACGAGGAUUUUCCUCACAGGAAGUUCCAGUUGCGAACCUGAUUGAUCAGCUGCAGAAUCAAGUGCACUCUCGGAAAAGCAAGAACGUGGAAAUUCUGCACCUUGCUACAGAGGCCUGCCGUCGCAUGCAUGGGUUGCGCUUUACAAGCUGUAAAAGUGCAAAGGAUAGGACUGCAAUGUCUGUCACACUGGAACAAGCCCAAGUACUUGUACAGGAAUUUGGCCUAGACCCUAAAGAAGUGCCCAAAGCAGUGGCCUGCAUGAGGAGCGAAGGGACCCGCCGCCACAACACCUACAAGAAUGUGGGUGUUCGAAAGUAUGCCUUCAACAGUCUGCAACUGGUCACGUUUCCCAGGCAGUACCGUCCACCUCCAGGAACCUUUGGAAAUGUUCAGUCCUAGUUACAGUGUUACAACUAUGAAGUUUCAUUAUAUCUGAACCUUU